UCAUGCCGUGACGUAAACACUCCCCUACGUUUACAACAACAAAGGAUGGUGAAUAAAUCAAGUUUCAAACUUGCUUUGUGCUUAAUUUCCUCUAACGGCCGCAGUGUUUGUGGACUUACCUGGCACGCUGCGCUGAUAGUAGCGUAACAAAUGCAGUUAAAACGGGGAUGAAAGUUUAGUCGAUCCAGUCAAAGUGUAUAAGCCGUGACAUUGGAAGCUCUGCUGCAUUAAAAUGAUUCGCAUAGCAGCGCUGAACGCUGCUGCGGCAGCUGCAGAUGAGUCUCAGGACCCCUUAAGAAGUAGCAAGAGUCAGACGAAAGAAGCUCAGGAAGCUGAGGCUUUUGCAUUAUAUCACAAAGCCUUAGAUCUUCAAAAACAUGACAAGUUUGAGGAGUCCAGCAAGGCCUAUCAUGAGCUUCUCAAAACACCACUGCUCAAAGAGGCCAUGCCUUCAGAUGAUCAGAGAGUGGGUCUCAAGCAUCCUGGACUCAUGUUGAAAUACUCUACUUUUAAAAACUUGGCCAGUAUGGCUGCAUCUCGGGAUGAUCUGGAGACUGCUAUGGAGUUUUAUUUGGAGGCUGUUAUGUUGGAUUCCACUGAUGUGAACAUGUGGUACAAAAUUGGUCAGGUGGCUGUGCGACUGGUGCGCAUUCCUCUGGCUCGACAUGCCUUCGAGGAGGGAUUGCACUGUAACCUGGAUCACUGGCCCUGCCUGGACAACCUCAUCACUAUUCUUUACACACUCAGCGACUAUACUUGCUGUUUGUACUUCAUUGCCAAAGCCCUAGAGAAGGAUCAUUGUUACACUAAAGGCCUGGUGCUGAAGGAGAAGAUCUUUGAGGAGCAGCCGUGUCUAAAGAGGGACACAAUGCAGAUGUUCAUGAAAUGCGAUAUGUCCAUUCACUGUGUGGAAGUGGAGGACGAGGAGCGCAAAUCCAUUGUGGAAGAGGCCCUGGAGAUGCGGAAGCGCAGACAGGCUCUUUCUCACUGUGAACCAAAACCUGACCUUGUCCUGGUACAGCCCAUCCGCUGCCUCUCAUGGAAGCAUGUGGGCGAAAGCUUUCUAGCAAUGUACCGACAUCAGACCACAUGUGAGCCACCACGCCCGAGUCUUGGCCGCAAGAUUGACUUGUCCGAGUACUCUGACCCAAACUUCCUCCAGAACCUCCCCCAACCCAGCAGUCCUGUCAGUGUGGUCCAGACCACUGUUCUGAGCAGCAGUCCCAGCUCAUCCCUGCCACCUGGUGUCCUCGAGCUUGUAAUGCUGCCCCAGCCCAGUACUCAACCUCAGAUUAUCCCCAGUCAGACCACUGUGGAGAUCACCACUUCUGCUCCCCCUGUUGCCACAGCAAUGAACAUGUCACUGACAGAUAAAGUGAAGAAAGCGCCAAAAAGGAAACGGGCGAUGGAAGAUAGUGGGGAAACAGCCAAGCGACGCUCAGCGCGCGUACGGAACACAAAAUGCAAGAAGGAAGAGAAGAUUGAUUUUCAGGAACUGCUUUUUAAAUAUCUACCUUCCAGGCUGAAGAAGUUUGAUCCUGAUAACGAUGAUGAGAGUCUGAGUAAUCUUGAGACACAGUGUGAUGGGAAGGAGGACAUACAGCCGCUACAUGGGAGUUGCUUUCCUGUUGACUCCAUUGAAUACAUGGAAUCUGAGCAACAGGAUGUCCACAACUUCCUACUCAAUAAUCUGACCAAUGGUGGACUACUGGACCUAAUGAUGCGCUACCUGAAAGCAUUGGGUCAGAAGUUCCUGAAGGAAUGGCCUUGGGGGCUGACUGCUGUGGUACUGGAGGUGUAUCAGACCUGGAGAAAGCACAGCAGUGGUCUUCCUAACCCUUUGCUCCGAGACUGCAGCAACCAACACAUCAAGGGAAUGUUGGCGAUGAGCCUCGCCUGUAUGGAGUUGCAGUUGGAGCAAUGGUUACACAAAAAAGGCAAGACUGGGUCUCCAAGGAGAAGCAGCUCUGAUCCUGGCAAUGACACAGCGGACUCAGAAUUCCCUGGGCAGCACUUUCAGGGUGAUUUAUUGCUCCUGGCCUUAGGUUCAUCCCAAAGAGACCUGUUUGAGGAUGACUGGCUGGAUGUCAUGGUGCGAGUCUAUUGGCUCAAGGCACGAUUCUUGGCUCUACAGGGAGACAUGGAGUUGGCCCUGGAGAGCUAUGACAUCUGUACAGGACUCUUGCAAAGCAAACCAAAGUCUCCUGAAGAGAAACAUUACACCAUCAACCUGCCUAACCUACGUGUAGAUGCAGCAAUCUCUGUGGAAGAGAUCGACAAGAGGUUGAAGUCCUUGGAGCGUUGUCAGUCCUUAGAGGAGAUCCAGCGACUCUUUGAGUCUGCAGAGUUUGAGUCCGUUGUGCGUCUGCUGCAGCCCACUCUUAAUUAUGGCAGCAGGAGCAAACCUUUGGAGUUUGUGAGCUCGACACCAGAGCGGCCUGCUCAGCUAAUGUUACUGCAGAACUCGCUGUUGAGGCUGCAGGACUACCAGCAGUGUUUUGAGUGCAGUGAGCUGGCUCUGAAUGAAGCCCUGCAGCAGCUCAUCUCUGCUUCAAACAGCUCCCCCCCAAGUAAGGAGGAGUGGGUCAGCACCAUUGGAUCACUGCUGGAUGGCAUUGAGGUCUGCUUUACCAAAGACUCAGAGCUUUUAAGCAAUGUCCCCCACUUCUCUAGUAUGGCUCGACUGGCAAACAACCUGAUUCAGCUGAUUGAUCUCAGCAUGAACAUUUCCGACGAUCCCAAGGAGCCUUAUUUCUUCUCUGUCCUGCCUUGGAUCACACUGUAUCGCAUUAUCAAACACGAGGAGGCUGCUUUCCACUGUAUGCUUCGACAGCAUAUGUCUGUGGGGGAUGAUGAAGAUGACUCAGACACUCCUAUGCUGCCAUCCUCCCUGAUGCUUCUGAACACAGCCCAUGAGUAUCUGGGCCGACGCACCUUGUGCUGCAGCUCAGACGGUGCCCUCCUCAAGUUCUUUGUUCGAGUUCUGGAAAAAGAGUUUGCAGGCUCUUCCAGCAAUGACACUCAGCCCUACAAAGAGGAGUUGGAGAUGGCACUGGAGCAGUGCUUCUUCUGCCUAUUUGCUUACCCCAGUAAGAAGAGCAAGGCCCGCUACCUUGAGGACCACUCAUCUCCACAGGUUGAGCUUCUGUGGAGUGACGCUCUGUUCAUGUUCCAGUAUUUCAAACCAAAGUCCCUGCCCGAGUUUGACAGCUAUAAAACAAGCACAGUGUCUGCGGAGUUGGCUAAUCUGCUCAGGAGGUUUGCUGGCAUCACUCCCCCAAGUGACACUCCCAUCCUCACCAUGGAUGAACUGGCAGCCUACAUUGAGGGCAUGACAGAAAAGGCCCCAUGCCUUCCUGAGGGUAGCGUUCCGGCUCCUCCAAUCAUUGAUGAGAUCUACUACCUGCUGGCCGAUUACCAUUUCAAGAACAAGGAGCAGUCCAAGGCCAUCAAGUUCUAUAUGCAUGACAUCUGUGUGUGUCCCAACAGGUUUGACUCCUGGGCCGGUAUGGCUUUAGCUAGGGCCAGUCGUAUCCAGGACAAGCUCAACUCCAAUGAGCUAAAGAGUGACGUUCCUAUAUGGAAACACUCCCAGGCGGUGCUUAACUGCUUCAAAAGGGCCCUGGAGAUAGACUGCUCCAACCUGUCCCUGUGGAUCGAGUAUGGUACCAUAUCAUAUUCACUGCAUUCAUUUGCUUCGCGGCAGCUCAAGCAGUGGUGCAAUGAGCUCCCCCCAGAUGUGGUAAAACAGAUGGAAGAAAGGAGAGACUCCAUGUUAGAGACGGCGUCCCAGUGUUUCCAGGGUGCGUCCCGUUGUGAAGGUGACAGUGAUGAAGAAGAGUGGCUCAUUCACUACAUGCUCGGGAAAAUAGCAGAGAAACGCAAACAGCCUCCAGUGGAAUAUCUACAGCUUUACAAAAAGGCAGCCCACUAUCUUCAUGAGGAAGCUGCAAGGUAUCCCCGGAAAAUCCAUUACCAUAAUCCUCCUGACCUGGCGAUGGAGGCCCUGGAGUUGCAUUUUCGCUUGAGUGCCACAAUCCUCAAACUGCUAGAGGCUGUUGAGCCUGAUCUGGAACAUGAGCUCUUGUUCAAUUUGCUGGUUGAGGCAGCUACUGGGCCGUUUGCGAAGGGGGAAGAAAAGAGCAUGCCAAGCAUGCCGAGGUCCAGUGAAAAGGAGAAACCCCCUUCCAUGAUGGAUGAAGACUUUAAUUGCUCGUCUGUUUGCAUAGGGAACUUCCUCAGCUCCUCCCUUCCAUCAGUUACCACCCCAGGUCUGACAUGCCCCCCUUUCGUGGCCACGCCGUUUGACCACGAUUACGCCAAACGCAAAACACUUCGACGGCAGCAGUGGCAGCAGCAGCGGCAUGAGGAGCAGCAGGCUGAUGCCUCACCAGAGUUUGACCAUGAUUACUGCCUGCCCAGGUCUUCAAUGUGGCUGGCUUCCCUGAAUGAGCGGAGUCAGGACAGUGAGGUGGUGAUGCUCUCUGACUCAAACUCCACCCAGGAUGCCUUCACAGAUCCCACCAGCUCACAAGACAGCAGCCACAAACCUGCCUCUGGGAAAGUUAGUUCAGUGUCAUCAGAAAGUACAACCCCUGUGAAGGACGGGCAGCACACAUCUGAGGACACAGCAUCACGUGGAGAGCAUACAUGCAUCCAGACCGAAGAGAAGGUUAUCCAAGAAGUAGUAGAAGCUAUGGUGGUGACGCUCCCCGAGGCUUCAGCCCCCAAGGUCUCUGUGGACCCCUGUCCUCAUCCUCUUCCUGUCCCAGCCACCCCUCCUCCGAAGCCAGUCCCCUCUCAACAGGCCACUCCUGAGACCCCGGCCAGUGAGGGGAAGAGGAAGCCAGAGCCCCCUCCUGAGGUGAUGGAGGUGCCCAAGGCCCUGCCUGCAGAACGUGCUGACCAGAGGCGGAUGCUGGUGGAAAUGUGUGUCCGUGCUCUCUUCCUAUGCCUCAGCCGCUUCCCUCAGCAUUACAAGAGCCUCUAUCGCCUUGCCUUCUUCUACACUAACAGCAAGAUGCAUCAGAACCUACAGUGGGCCCGAGAUGUGUUGCUAGGAAGCAGUGUCCCAUGGCAACAGCUGAAGCACAUGCCAGCACAAGGACUUUUCUGUGAAAGAAACAAGACAAACCUGUUCAAUGGAAUCUGGCGAAUUCCAGUAGAUGAGAUUGAUCGCCCAGGAAGUUUUGCAUCUCAUAUGAACCGUUCCAUUGUGCUGUUGCUGGAGGUGCUGUCUCAGCUUAAGGAUCACGAUACUCUGCUGAAAGUCUCUUUCAUGCUGCAGAGAACCCCUGACCAGGGAAAGAAGUAUUUACGGGAUGUUGAUCGCCAGGUUUUGGCCAAGAGAGCAUUUUUCCUAACUGUAAAAGUCCUGGAGGACAAUCUGUACAGUCUCACUGGGGUGUCUGAGCAGCCUCUCAAAUUGCCUGCGCCCUCCAUGGGCGAGAUGACCACGACAGACACAUACAACAGGCCCAGUUCAGAGGACAGCAAGCAUGCGCUGCCUAAGAAGCCUGGGCUCACAGAGGGAGCCUGUGUCACUGACACGGGGCCUAAGGAUGCCUCACAGACUCAACUCACCACACCACCACCAUCCACAGAUAAAGGGAGUAAGGUUCAGGAGAGCUGCCCUGGGAAGGUGGGAACGGCUGGGAGUGAGGAGCACAAAGCAGGGCCAGAGGAACCAAUGGAGCUGGGCACUGGCUUCUGGAAGUCCUCUACCACCACUGAUUCGCAGGGUAACCAAAUGGAGGCUGCUAUGGAGCCCCAGCAGAAAGUGACUGACAGGAUCCGCACGCCAGAGCUGUCCCUGGAGGAGCUAAGUAUCAGUUCCAGGCAACAGCAGCUGAUAGCCUCAGCACCCAAAGUCCUUGUGGCAGCCAGUGGGACUGAUCCGGGGCUACUACGAAGGCCGAACAGAAAAAGGAAGCUCAUAGAAGACGUGGAGUCUGGAAAAACCUUACUGCUUGAUGCCUAUAGGGUGUGGCAGCAAGGCCAGAAGGUCAUGACCUAUGACCUGGGUCGCAUUGAGAAGAUCAUGUCAGAGACCUAUAUGCUGAUAAAACAGGUUGAUGAGGACGUAGCUCUGGACCAAGCUGUGAAGUUCUGCCAAAUACAGCUGGCCACUUCUGCCCAAAGACAGUCUGCAGGUGAUGCCCCGACCACCCCUAAGUAUACCAAGGAGCAUCGAGACAUCUUCUUCCCCGCUUCCCUGCCAACGCCUGUCCUACUCGGCCAUACCACCUGCCACCCUUUGUCCACCCAGGACGGCCAAGCCAAAGUGGUGUACGAGCCCCUGAGCAAGCUGUCAAGACCUCAAGCCUUGAGCUUCCACGAUCAGCCACUGCACAGGAGAGCAGCUAGCCACCCUGCUGCGGCCAUGGCCUUCCUACCACACACAGAGGAGCGGGAGGAGUCCUCAGAGGGACUCACGUACCAACAGCAUGAGUCGCACCUUUGUAGGCAGAUGAAACUCGCCACUGUCUCCCAAGGGCAAGAAUCAGCGGCAGGCUGGUUCCCGGAGGAAACUGCCACAUGUAGCACAGCACAACCUUGCCCAGACCAGCAGCAGUGUGCAAGCAAUGAGCUGUCAAAGCUUCCAGACCCCAACCGUAUUCGCUCCCGUGUCCCUCCCAACAUGCCAAAGCUUUUCAUCCCCUCCACAGUGACCAAGUUCCCACCAGAAAUCACAGUAACGCCUCCGACACCCACUCUGCUCUCCCCCAAAGGCAGCAUCUCUGAGGAAACCAAACAAAGACUUAAGAACGUCAUCCUGUCGUCUCAGUCUGCAGCCACAGUCAAAAAGGACACUCUGAGUCAGCCGGCGCUGGAGGUGCAGGAGACGUCCAGCCAGGAGUCGUCCCUGGAGGAGAGUGAGUCGGACGAGGAGGACGAUUACAUGGACAUCUGAGCCUCUGGAGGCCUCGUGCGCACAAACAACUCUUCUCACAACCUGGUCUGACUUUGCCAAACCCUGUGCCCCAAAAAACAAACACAAAAAAAAACCUGAGUGGUACAUGUCACUGCAGCUUCUUUGUUGAUGCUAUUGUAUCCUUGCGUGAAUUACAAAAAAAGCACACAGUAUUGUCAUUGCCUGUCAUGUCACUGUGUCGCUGUGCUUGUCGGCAGUGAUGGUGUGCAUGACAAAUGACGAAGGCUUCAGUCUCGCAGCAUGUCUGUGCCAUUUAUGCAUAUCACUCAUCAGCUUACUGAGCUCCCCGUGCACCUGGCUUUACACUGGAUCCGGCCAAAAAAAAAAGACUGACAGUCUUCAAAGCCAGCCACUCGCAAGUUUAUGCAUCUUUCUCCAUGUUGUGUGCGAACUGUAUCUCAGAGCUGCAGCUAAAUCAAUUCAGAACUCACCAAUCUGAGGUGCCUCAGUCUGGACUGACACUCAGCAGCAUGGACCUGCUAACCUCUACUUCGACCUUUUCCUUUGGCAUGAGAUUUUAAUCCGCAAGACACAUUUAUUUUGAUUCAUGAUAUAUUUCAAUGUACACAGAGGGGAAAUGACGACAAUCGCUGCAUUCAGGGCUCGUCUGUGGCGCUAAAGCUCCACACAGCCUCACAACCUGUAGCAGAUUGAAAAUGUUUACACUUAAUAUUUGGGAUGUUUUUCAGUUAGCACUUAAACUUUGUGCUAUUUUUGUACUCACGGUAUUUCUUGUAAUAAUAGUCUACUUGUUUCGUGUGCAUUUGUAGCGAAGAGCAACGGUUCUUACCCAGGAAGUCGUCCUGUCACCAGCACUGAUCAGAAUGAUACAAAAAAUGUUGCUUAUUAGAAGUUAGCUUUUGUACAAAUCAUGAUCCAAAAAUCUGUCCAGUACGUUUGGCUCUAAUGAGUCUUGAGCCGGAGAAGUGUGUGCGUGUGUGAGAGUGUCAAUGGUAAGGUGAGGGCCACGUCGAUUCCAGUCAGGAAACGACCCGGCAUUUCUUGACUUCAGUGGAGUGGAGAUGCGCACUGAGGCAGACUCUAAUGCAGAUGCCAUUCCAUUCGAUUCGCUUGGCAAAUUUGUCACGAUUCUACCUUAACUCAGAGGAAGACAACAGAAUGUUUUUUACAGAUUGUUUUCUAUAAAGAGAUAGAUAUUUACAGAAAGACGAGUGAUUAGUUGUUAACCCUCUCUUUUGGUUUAAAAAAAAAGAAAAGGUUUUGUUUUUUAUUUCAUUAUUUUUGUUCUAUUGUUCUGCUGAGCCAGGCUGCUCGAAAGGAACUGCUCUCUAUGUCUGGACUGAAUGCAUUAUCAAUGUUAAACAGAAAUAUAUAUAUUUGAGAAACACA